AUGGGAGACGCUGGAGGCGAGAACAGAGGCAUCCGCAUCGCCAUAGAUCGCGGCGGUACUUUCACUGACUGUGUCGGAAACCCUGGGACAGGUCGUAUGGAAGACGAUAUAAUCAUUAAACUGCUCUCGGAAGACCCAUCAAACUACGACGAUGCUCCUCUUGAAGGGAUCCGACGACUUAUGUCAAAAUUUACGGGCCGUGAAAUCCCUAGAGGCGAGCCCUUGGACACAUCCAAGAUAGAGAGUAUCAGGAUGGGUACGACCGUAGCCACCAACGCCUUACUAGAACGAAAGGGUGAGAAAAUGGCCAUGGUUGUCACGCGCGGAUUUAAAGAUUGUCUGGAAAUCGGGAACCAGUCUCGCCCCAAGAUCUUCGACCUCGCCAUUCGAAGACCCGAUGUCCUGUAUCAGAAAGUCGUUGAAGUAGAUGAACGAGUGACUCUCGAAGACUACGCAGAAGACCCGACCCGGCAUCAGACAAAGGUUAAUGCCUCGCAUGAACAGUACCGAGAGAACGAUCUUGUUCAAGGUCUUUCGGGGGAAGCUGUCCGGAUUCUGAAACGGCCUGAAGAAGAUAAAAUUAGGGAACAACUCAAGGGGCUUUACGACAAGGGUUUCCGAAGCAUUGCCGUAUGUUUGAUGCAUGGCUAUACAUUCCCUGAUCACGAAGCACGAGUGGGUAAACUGGCGCACGAGAUCGGCUUUGAACAUGUGAGUCUGAGCCAUGAAUUGAUGCCCAUGAUCAAGCUGGUGCCGCGAGCAACGUCGGCCUGUGCAGAUGCAUACCUCACACCGGCCAUCAGGAAAUACAUUUCCGGGUUCCAAGCUGGCUUUGAAGGAGGUCUGGGAACAGAAAGUGUCAGGAAAGAACAAGGUGUUAAAGGCGCCAGAUGUGAAUUCAUGCAAUCCGAUGGAGGAUUAGUGGAUGUUGACAAGUUCUCCGGCUUGCGGGCCAUCCUGUCCGGUCCCGCCGGUGGUGUUGUCGGCUAUGCGUUGACCUCCUACGACCCAGAGACCAAAAUACCGGUCAUUGGAUUCGAUAUGGGUGGCACCAGCACAGACGUCAGCAGAUAUGGUUCCGGCCGAUAUGAGCAUGUCUUUGAAACCACCACUGCCGGUGUGACAAUUCAGUCUCCUCAACUCGACAUCAACACGGUCGCAGCGGGUGGUGGAUCUCGACUCUUCUUCAGAAACGGUCUCUUCGUGGUGGGACCUGAAUCAGCGGGCGCACAUCCCGGACCUGCAUGCUAUAGGAAGGGUGGUCCACUGACUGUCACGGACGCCAAUCUCUUCCUGGGUCGACUCCUCCCAGACUUCUUCCCGAAGAUCUUUGGCAAGAAUGAAGAUGAAGGACUAGACCCAGAAGCCAGCAAGAGGCUUUUCGAAGAACUCACCAAUGAGAUCAACAGCAAGACAGAUAAAACCAUGUCUGCGGACGAAGUCGCUUACGGAUUCAUCAAGAUCGCCAACGAGACUAUGACGAGACCGAUCCGAUCACUAACGGAAGCGAAAGGACACGAUACCUCUCAACAUCGCCUCGCCACGUUUGGCGGAGCGGGCGGCCAACAUGCCGUCGCCAUCGCCGAGUCUCUGGGGAUCAGGCAGAUCCUGGUCCACAGAUACUCAUCUGUACUCUCGGCAUACGGCAUGGCCCUGGCCGACGUCGUGGACGAAAGCCAAGUUCCCGAAUCUCAAGUGUGGGACAUGAAAGGCGGCUCUCGCGACGGGUUGAAAUCCAAAAUGAACGACCUCAAAGAACGAUGUCGACAACGGUUGAAAGACCAAGGCUUCCCCGACGACUCGAUCGAGUACGAAGAGUACCUGAACAUGCGGUACCGAGGCACCGAAUCAGCCCUGAUGGUGAUCAAGCCGAGCGAAGAAGAUGCGAAGGAGCACUUUGAGGGUGAUGACUGGGCAUUCGGAGCAGCAUUCGUCAGACAGCACGAGCAGGAAUUCGGCUUCACGUUACCGGACCGCGAUAUCAUUGUCGACGACGUCCGAGUGCGCGGAAUUGGCAAGUCGUUCCGCGGCAUGCCCAAGACGGCAGACCAGCAGCUGAAAGAGAUCAAACCGCAAGAUGUGGCCGAAGACAAGGCCUACACGACCGCGCACGUCUACUUCGAAGGCGGCCGCAAGGAUACCAAAAUCUACAGACUCGAAGAUCUCGAUGUGGGCACGCGCGUGCUCGGCCCCGCUAUCAUUGCCGACGGCACGCAGACCAUCAUUGUGACGCCAGGGGCGUCAGCAAUUAUCAUUGAGACACACGUAGUCAUCAACAUUGGCGAAGAAGGAACGACGAAGAAAGCCAAUACCCACGACGUCGACCCAAUUUUGCUCUCGAUCUUCGCGCACCGGUUCAUGGCGAUCGCAGAGCAAAUGGGUCGCGCGCUACAGAAGACAUCGGUAUCGACCAACGUCAAAGAACGCCUCGACUACUCGUGCGCCCUCUUCGACUCCGCCGGCGGCCUGGUUGCCAAUGCACCCCAUCUUCCCGUGCACCUCGGCAGCAUGUCGACGUGCGUACGCACACAGGCAGAGAUCUGGAAAGGAAAGCUGAAAAAGGGCGAUGUUAUCGUGUCCAAUCACCCGGAAUACGGCGGUACGCAUCUCCCUGACAUCACGGUGGUGACGCCGGCAUUCUCGCCUUCAGGAGACAUUAUCUUCUAUGUGGCCUCGCGCGCACACCAUGCUGAUAUCGGUGGGAUCCUGCCUGGAUCUAUGCCGCCGCACUCGCGCGAGUUGUUCCAGGAAGGCGCGGCAAUUAAGUCCGAGAAGCUGGUGUCGGAAGGCAAAUUCGAUGAGAAGCGCAUCACGGAGCUGCUCUACGACGAGCCUGCACAAUACCCGGAAUGCAGCGGCACGAGGUGUCUGGCGGAUAAUCUGAAUGACUUAAAGGCGCAGGUCGCGGCGAACCAGAAGGGUAUUAACUUGAUCAGUGCCCUGAUUGAGGAUUAUGGUGAGGACGUGGUGCAAUUUUACAUGCACAAUAUCCAAGAUAAUGCAGAGCGGUCGGUGCGUGAGCUCCUGAAAGGCGUGAGUAAACGGUUUGAAGGUAAGGAUCUUCAGGCUACCGACUACAUGGACGACGGCAGCCCGAUAUGUUUGCGCAUCACCAUCGACGCCGAGAAGGGCGAGGCUUUGUUUGACUUUGACGGCACCGGCCCCGAGGUGUAUGGGAAUAUCAACGCGCCAGAGGCGGUGACGUACUCUGCCAUCAUUUACUGUCUGAGGUGUUUGAUUGACCAAGACAUCCCAUUGAAUCAGGGAUGCUUGAAGCCAGUUGACGUACGCAUUCCGCCGGGCAGUUUUCUCAGCCCCAGCGAAAAGGCCGCUGUGGUCGGAGGCAAUGUGUUGACCAGCCAGCGCGUGACCGACGUUGUGUUUAAAUGCUUCGAAGCUUGUGCCGCAAGUCAAGGCGAUUGCAACAAUUUGACGUUUGGCUUUGGCGGAAACUCGAAAGGCGGCUCGGAACAGAAAGGUUUUGGAUAUUAUGAGACCAUUGCUGGUGGGAGCGGUGCCGGAAAGGAUUGGGAGGGCACCAGUGGCGUUCAUACUCAUAUGACCAAUACUAGGAUUACCGACGCCGAAGUGUUCGAAAGGCGAUAUCCUGUGAUCCUGAGAGAGUUCAGUCUGAGAGCAGGAAGCGGUGGAGUGGGACAACAUAAAGGAGGUGAUGGUGUCAUUCGAGACAUUGAGUUCCGGAUUCCCGUGCAGGUCAGUAUCCUAAGCGAGCGGAGAGUAUAUCGACCAUACGGUCUGCAUGGUGGAGGCGAUGCUCAAUGCGGGAAGAAUAUCUGGGUAAGAAAGACCAAAAAGGUGAAAAGCAAAGGAUCCGGUGGCGAGCACGAAGGUAAGCGGAGAGAACGUGGGGAGGACAAUGAGUUUGAGGAAAGGUAUAUUAGCAUGGGUGCGAAGAACACGGCUAGGAUGCAACCUGGUGAGAGGAUCAUUGUGAUGACACCGGGAGGUGGUGGUUAUGGUAAGGUGGGCGAGAAGUCUCAAAUCGAGUUGAGGGAAGAUUAUGAGAAGCACUGGAAGAAAGGUAGUUUGGCCUCCAGGUUGGCUGAAUGGGAGAGCAGCUCUUGA